AUGGCCCAAAAGAAUCCACUAGUUGAUGAACAAUUAUUUAAUGACAUAAUAGUUGAUUAUUUCGAAAAACUUGGUAGAACCAUGAGUGUUGCAUAUCAUCUUAGAAGACUUGAUGCUCUAGCUCAAGAUGAUUUCAACUGUCAUAAUGGAGAACCAAUAUUUGCAUUACAUUGUAAUCAUCCUAAAUUAGUUCCAUUGGUAUAUAUGACAAAAGAAGAUAUUUAUGAUUCAACAGAAAACAUAUUGAAAUAUAGAUUAUAUGACAAAUUACAUGUACGAUAA